AACGGAUGACAAAUGCCAACCCGCUGAAGAAGGACAACCCUACCAGAUGAGCUACACACUGACAACCAUCCCCGAGUACAGGAAAGUGUUGUUAUGGUAUAAAGAUGGUCAGCUGAUGUCUGAGUGUCCAGUGGAGGCUGGAGUCUGUAGCAACAACGACAUUAACUGGAUACAAGCAAAAGUGGUAAAAAAUGAUGAAGACGUCCAGUUUAUCUUGAAUAUUAGGAACGUAACUAGGGACGAUUCAAAAAACGCCAAUGGUAUCUGGACAUUGAAAACACACACCAUGGAACCUACAGCACAAGAUGUUUAUAGUUGUGUGCUGAAUGUAUAUGCAAAGGCGGAAAAUAUGACUUGCUUAUCUGAUUUAUCCCCUGAAAGAUUUUCAACUUCUUGUUUUACUAGUAGGAUAUACCCUGAAGCUAUGAUGGAUGUUUAUAGGAAUGGUUACCAGCUUCAAGAGACUUCUUGUGAGAACUAUAAAAUCUCUGAAAAUCCUCUAUAUUAUAAAGCUACAUGUAAAGUGAUCAUCCGAACAGAAGAUAUGUAUUUAAAACGAAAUGACUUAACCAUCAGUAUAUUCCCAAAUGUCAUAGGUUUCAGGAAAAAAAAUAUUUUGGGAACAACUCAAUUCAUAGCACUGCAAAUCGCGCCCGAGUACGUAACAAUGCAAAACUGUGCGGAAGAAGGAAAUGGCCUAAAAUGCAGUUGCAAGAGACAAGAUUCCAGAAAACGUUUUUCAAAUUUUGAUUGGUUCAUGAACAGCAGGAUGGUCAAGCAGGAGUCUGAUGUUUACACAUUCACAAAUAAGCUAUCCAGCGCGCUGACAAUUCCUAACGCCUGUCCUACUGACUGUGACAACGGUGCUUUGAUCGCUGUUUCAACUAUCUUAGCGAUUUCUAUUUUACUGAUAACCGCACAUCUGGUUUACAAAAAAAAGUGUAAGCCAGAUACAGACGCUUCAGAAGAAUUCCGGUAA